UCCCGGGGGUGGGACUCGGGCUUCCCUGGCCUCCCUGGCCGGUGACCAGCGGUCCCGUUAGGUCUGAGCGGCCAUGGCGGCGCGCUCGUUGAGGCUGCUGACCACAUUGCUGGCGGUCGCCACCUCUGCCUGCCGGGCCGAGGCGGAGUCCGAGGUGGAAUGGGACAUGACGGCGCCUGAUCUGCUCUUCGCGGAGGGGACCGCGGCCUAUGCUCGCGGUGACUGGGCCGGGGUGGUUCUGAGCAUGGAGCGGGCGUUGCGUUCGCGGGCCGCCCUGCGCGCCCUUCGCCUGCGCUGCCGCACCCGGUGUGCCGCCGACCUCCCGUGGGAGCUGGACCCGGACUCGCCCCCCAGCCUGGCGCAGGCCUCGGGCGCCGCCGCCCUGCACGACCUACGCUUCUUCGGGGGCUUGCUGCGCCGCGCCGCUUGCCUGCGCCGCUGCCUCGGGCCGUCGGCCGCCCACUCGCUCAGCGAGGAGCUGGAAUUGGAGUUCAGCAAGCGGAGCCCAUACAACUACCUACAGGUCGCCUACUUCAAGAUAAACAAGUUGGAGAAAGCCGUAGCAGCAGCUCACACCUUCUUCGUGGGCAACCCUGAGCACAUGGAGAUGCGUCAGAACCUGGACUAUUACCAAACCAUGUCUGGGGUGAAGGAAGCCGACUUCAAGGAUCUCGAGGCCAAACCCCACAUGCAUGAGUUUCGGCUCGGAGUGCGCCUCUACUCUGAGGAGCAGCUGCAGGAAGCCGUGCCCCACCUGGAGACGGCGCUGCGGGAGUACUUCGCAGCAGACGAGGAGUGCCGUGCCCUCUGUGAAGGGCCCUAUGACUACGACGGAUACAACUACCUGGAAUACAACGCCGACCUCUUCCAGGCCAUCACAGACCAUUACGUCCAGGUCCUCAGCUGUAAGCAGAACUGUGUCACCGAGCUUGCUUCCCACCCAAGUCGAGAGAAGCCCUUUGAAGACUUCCUCCCAUCGCAUUAUAAUUAUCUGCAGUUUGCCUACUACAACAUUGGGAAUUACACACAGGCCAUUGAAUGUGCCAAGACCUAUCUCCUCUUCUUCCCCAAUGAUGAGGUGAUGAGCCAGAAUCUGGCCUACUACACAGCCAUGCUUGGAGAAGAGCAAGCCAGAUCCAUCGGCCCCCGUGAGAGUGCCCAGGAGUACCACCAGCGAAGCCUGCUGGAGAAAGAACUGCUCUUCUUCGCUUAUGACGUUUUUGGAAUUCCCUUUGUUGACCCGGAUUCAUGGACUCCAGAAGAGGUGAUUCCCAAGAGACUGCAAGAGAAACAGAAGUCAGAACGGGAAACAGCCGCCCGCAUCUCCCAGGAGAUCGGAAACCUUAUGAAGGAGAUUGAGACCCUCGUGGAAGAGAAGACCAAGGAGUCGCUGGACGUGAACAGGCUGACCCAGGAAGGUGGCCCCCUGCUUUAUGACGGUAUCAGACUCACCAUGACCUCCAAAGUCUUGAACGGUUCCCAGCGGGUGGUGAUGGAUGGUGUAAUCUCUGAGGAUGAGUGCCGGGAGCUGCAGAGACUGACCAAUGUGAGGGAACCCGGUGACCAUGCCAUCUCCCUAAGGGCCCAGCUUCCCCCGACUAGGUGCCUCUUAGGUGCUGAACGAUUGCCUGCCCCUUGCUGCGGGCAGUCGACCACCUCUUCCUGGGCCCUCAGCUGCCUGGCUAACUCCACCUGUUUUUGGGGCCUCGUAGGCAGCAGCAACUUUAGGAGAUGGCUACCGGGGUCAGACCUCCCCGCACACUCCCAGCGAAAAGUUCUAUGGCGUCACUGUCUUCAAGGCCCUCAAGCUGGGACAGGAAGGGAAGGUUCCUCUGCAGAGCGCUCACCUGUACUACAACGUGACGGAGAAGGUGCGGCGUGUCAUGGCGUCCUACUUCCACCUGGACAGCCCCCUCUACUUCUCCUACUCCCACCUGGUGUGCCGCACCGCGAUCGAAGGUGGGGGCCCAGGGGCCUGGGCAGCGGGAAGCCAGGAAGCCAGGAAGAGUCGGCAGGCGGUGAAGGGCUGGAGGCACAGGCCGAGAGGAAUGAUGGUAGCCACCCCGUCCACGUGGACAACUGCAUCCUGAACGCGGAGGCCCUCGUGUGCAUCAAGGAGCCCCCCGCCUACACCUUCCGGGACUACAGUGCCAUUCUUUACCUGAACGCAGACUUCGACGGAGGAAACUUUUUUUUCACUGAACUAGAUGCCAAGACUGUGACGGCAGAGGUGCAGCCCCAGUGCGGAAGGGCCGUGGGAUUCUCUUCGGGCACAGAAAACCCGCAUGGAGUGAAGGCUGUCACCAGAGGGCAGCGCUGUGCCAUCGCCCUGUGGUUCACUUUGGACGCUCGACACAGCGAGCGGGACAGGGUGCAGGCGGAUGACCUGGUGAAGAUGCUCUUUAGCCCAGAAGAGACGGACCUCCCCCAUGAACAGCCCCAAGAAGCCCAGGAGGGACCCCCCAAGCCCGUACAGGGGUCUGUCUCCAGCAGUGAGUCAGGGCACAAGGAUGAGCUCUGACAGCUCACAUGUGGACGGUGAUCAGACCCACGUGAGGAACUCUGUCCUGCACCCUGGACUGGCCAGCCUCGGGUGAGGAGCGGUGGGGAACUUAGGUCUGCCCCCCAGCUGAGGGGACUCUGCUCAUAGCCGUCCACAUGGUGCUACUGCCUUUGGAGUGGACAUAGCAGGACGGCCCUCUCCCCCGGGCCUGACCAAGGGCUCAGGACGCAGGCCCAGAGCCACUCCGGGGGCCUGCACAGGCAGCCGCGUGACAGCAAUACAGUAUUUAAGUGCCUGUGUAGACCACCAAAGAAUAAAUGAUUCGUGGUUUUUUACUCGGUGGU